AUGGUCAAGAAGCGCGCAGCCAACGGUCGCAACAAGAACGGACGUGGUCACGUCAACCCAAUCCGUUGCUCCAACUGCUCAAGAUGUACUCCUAAGGACAAGGCCAUCAAGAGAUUCACCAUCCGAAACAUGGUUGAAUCUGCCGCCAUCCGUGAUAUCAUGGAGGCCUCCGUCUUCUCCGACCCAUCGUCUGGAUACGCCUACGGCAGCAACAACAACCCCGCCGGAUACAACAUCCCAAAGAUGUACCUCAAGCUCCAAUACUGUGUCAGCUGCGCUAUCCACGGAAAGAUCGUUCGUGUUCGAUCGAGAGAAGGACGUCGCAACCGUGCUCCACCACCAAGAGUACGAUACAACAAGGACGGCAAGAAGCUGACACCUACUCAGGGCGCCGCUAAGACUGCCUAA